GGGGGAGGAGCAUAAAAUAAAACUAUCAGAUAGCUGCUGCUGCUGCUGCUGCUGCUGCUGUUGGUGGUGGCAGGGCAGAGAGACGCAGAGAUUCAGAGAAGAAUGGGGGUUAGGGUUAGGGUUAGGGUUAGGGUUAGGGUUAGGGUUAGGGUUAGGGCCUUAGGGGUACGUAGCCGACCCGCCGUCUGAAUAUUGUCGCCCUCAACGCAACACCAACACUCUCUUUAAAGCUGUUUUUAUUCUGUCUUUCAUUUUUGUCUCAGUCUGCUCUGACCGCUCUUCUUCUUCUUCUUCUUCCUUAUAAUCCCCAUUUCCUCAUUUCUUAAUCUCUGCACUUCCAAUUUUCGCCUCUCUUCCAUUGAGUUCCUUCAUUUUUCCCUUUUUCAAUUUGGUGUUUUUUUUUUUUUAAUUACUUAUUGUGUCCAAUGCCUUCCGACGCUGGUGACCACCGCAAGACUGCUUCCAAGCUCCUCGGAUCCGGUGGGGGCGUCUGCCCUCCAUCGGAGCAAGAGCACCUCCCUUGCCCACGCUGUGAUUCAACUAAUACCAAGUUCUGUUAUUACAACAACUAUAAUUUCUCUCAGCCCAGGCACUUUUGUAAGUCCUGCCGUCGUUAUUGGACCCAUGGUGGGACCCUUCGCGACAUUCCCGUCGGUGGUGGUAGUCGGAAGAAUGCCAAACGCUCUCGUACUUGCUUUCCCACGGCUACGGCGGUUGUCUCUUCUUCAUCUGGGUCGUUGGGUUACUCUGCUUCUCAACUGGAUCAUCAUUCGUUACCGACGACUUCGAUGGUGCUGCCUCUUGUCAGUGGCCACGGCAGUGGCGGAGGAGACUUGAAGGCGGCCGGUGGGAAUAUGUGUGGGAGCUUUACGUCGUUGUUGAACACACACGCUCCUGGGUUCUGGAGUUUGGGUGGGUUCGGGCUCGGGAUCGGAUCGGGGUUCGAGGAUCUGGGCUAUGGGGCAGCUAGUUCUAGGGUGGCUUGGCCGUUUCUCGGACUGGGAGAAGGCGGGCACGGCGGAGCGCCGAAUGCGUGGCAGUUUGAGAAUGGAGACGCCGCCGGAUUUGUAGGGGCUGCUGAUUGCUUGUCUUGGCCUGAAUUGGCAAUUUCCACUCCGGGGAAUGGGCUUAAAUGACCAUUUACUUUUUUUUUUUAGUUUUUUAGUCCUUUUUUUUUAUAUAUAUCUUUUUGUGAAAAAUGUGGGUUUAAAGUUAAAAUUUUCUAUAAUA